CAAGUCUAACCCGUCUGGCCCUGGCGAGGCUGGGAUGGGAGAGGGGUCAGGAGGCUGUGGCGCAGAAGCUGGGAGAAGGGGUGUCCGGCAUGAGAAGGAGUCAGGCUGGCUGCAGCAGAAAUGGGGUGUCGUGGGGGCACCGGGGUGUCAGUUGCGGGAAGAAGCCGGCUCCCUUCCUGUGCUAGUGGGGAGGGGCACAGGAAGUGUGAACCUCCUACUGCUGACUUGCUUGUUGAAUGCAAAACAGCUGCCCUUCCCAGGGGCCAGGGCGCUGCCAGCUUGCCCUCUGACUCCACCUUUCCCGUGGACUUCUUUGAGUUGCGGUGCUCUCUGUCUGACCGCGGGCCUCCCUGCUCCACCAUUUCCGGAGGUGCAGGAUGCUCUUGGUAUCCUGGCUGGUGUGGGUCUUCCCUUGAAUUUUUCCCGGGUGAAGCUCGUGGGAGCACUGGGCUCAUCUUGGAUCUGUUUUUAUUCUUCUUUCCUUAGCAGAGCAGCAGUUUCAAACUGUUCCCUGCCCUGAAGCCCUUGUGGGCGUAACCUUUGGGGGGCUCCUCUAAUUUCCAAGGCAAAGGAGAGUACAGAAGGCUGAUCUUCUAGGCCUGGUAGUGGGCCCUUGCCUCAGGGAGCUGAUCAUCUCCAGGGUAGACUCAGGUCAGGCUAGCUGGUCCCAAUGGCCCCUUCUGGGGUGAGAGUCUAUUGAGCCGCCUUGACAGGCGAGAGCAAAAUAGACCAGAUUCACUGGUUCGAAGCCUGGAAGGGCCCAUUCCCGCUCUCUGGUCUGACCUCCUGCUGAACACGGGCUGGGGCACUUCCCCAGAUUCAUUCCUCCUUUGAACUAGAGCAAAAAUCCAGUCUUGAUUUUAAAAUUGCCCAUGAUGGAGAACCCAUCCCAGGCCUUGGUAAGUUGUUCCCAUGGCUAAUGACGUCUGUGGUUAAAACUUUGCCCCUUGUUUCCAGUCUAACUCUGUCUAGCUUCAACUUCCCACCGCGGGCUCUUGUUGCCGACGCCAGGAAGGGCCGAAGGGGGGUUGCUCGUAGAGAGAUGAGAUCGUGGUUAUUCGGUGUAGGCAACUGUAUGUCCAGGAGGUUCCAAGUGUAUUAACAGGAUGAUUAAAGUGCCCUGGCGAGAUGUCUCUGUGCCAGUGUGCGGGGAAGCACAGCGACUCAGACAUGGAGGGCUGCUGCUUCUCUGCGGGCGGGGGCCUGAAGGUGUACCUGCACUGGAGCGGUGAGGAGGAGGAGCGGUGCCAGACCUACACGCAGGGGGUGCUGAGCGCAGAGGAGAUCUGCAUCGACAUUGCCCAGAAAAUCGGGAUCACACCGCUCUGCUACAGCCUCUUCGCGCUCUGUGACGUGCAGACCAGAGUCUGGCUCCCUCCCAACCAUGUGUUUGAAAUCAGCAAAGACACCAACCUGAAUCUGCUCUUCCGCAUGAGGUACUACUUCCGCAACUGGCAUGGGAUGAGCGACAAAGAGCCGGCCGUUUACCGCAACGUUCCCCGGCAGAGCGACGCCCUCGAGGACAAGCUGCAGGGCGGUGCGCUUCUGGACAAGUCGUCCUUCGAGUAUCUCUUUGAGCAGGGGAAAUACGAGUUCAUUAAUGACGUUGUGUCUCUGAAAGACCUUCAGAGCGAACAGGAGAUCCACCGGUUUAAGAACGAGAGCUUAGGCAUGGCUGUCCUUCACCUCUCUCACAUGGCUCUCCAGCGAGGCGUCUCUCUCGAAGAAGUGGCCAAAAAAACCAGCUUCAAGGGCUGCAUCCCACGCUCCUUCUGCCGGCAGAUCCAGCAGAACAACUACCUGACCAAGUUCCGCAUGAGGAACGUCUUCAGGAAGUUCGUGCAGCGCUUCCAGCGGCACACGGUCAGUGCUGGGAAGCUGACGGAGCAGGACGUCAUGUACAAGUACCUGGCCACCUUGGAGAACCUGGCCCCCCGCUUCGGGAGCGAGCUCUUCCCGGUCCUUUCCCUGGAGACGGCCUCUGAGGGCGAGAAGGUGCUGCCCUGUAUCAAUGGCGGGCACGCGCAGCUGGAGGACGGCUGUGCGUCGUCUCCCAGGGACAGGCCCGCCACCCACGAAGUCCUGGUCACCGGCACGGACGGGAUUCAGUGGCGGACUGUCCCUGUUCAGAGUGCAGAAAGCCACCCCCACCGGGGCUAUUUUGGGAGGAAGACCAAGGCCAAAGAGCUGGACCCCAAAGGGCCGUGUCAGCCAGUGGAGAGGAGCGAGGCCAAGUGGGUGCGCUUCUGUGACUUCCAGGAGAUCACGCACAUUGCCCUUGAGGACUGCAAAGUCAGCAUCAACCGGCAAGACAACAAGUGCCUGGAGCUGGUUCUCCCGUCAUACGAAACGGCCCUGUCCCUGGUGUCGCUGGUGGACGGCUACUUCAGGCUCACGGCCGACUCCAGCCACUACCUGUGCCACGAGGUGGCCCCGCCACGGCUGGUGAUGAGCGUCCUGAACUGCAUUCAUGGGCCAAUGCAGGAGGAGUUCGUCUUCGCCAAGCUGAAGCGGGAGGAGCAGGAUGGGCUGUACAUCAUCCGCUGGAGCAUCCUCGACUUCAACAGGCUGAUCCUGUCGGUGGUGAAGAGGGACCGAGGCCAGGCCACACCCAAGUAUAGGCAGUUCCGGAUCCAGAAGAGAGGCGGCUCCUUCGUGCUGGAGGGCUGGGAGCGGGAGUUCUCCACCGUACGGGAGCUGAUGGAUGUUCUCAAAGGCUGCACGCUCAAGUCGGGAGAUGAGAGCUUCACCGUGAGGAGGUGCUGCCCGCCGAAGCCGGGAGAGAUUUCAGACCUGAUCAUCGCCCGGAGGGUGAAGGACAGCACCAGGCAGAUCCUGAACCUGACCCAGCUCAGCUUCCACCAGAUCCGGAAAAACGAGAUCACCCAGAGAGCUCAUCUGGGCCAGGGCACCCGCACCAACAUCUACGAGGGUGUGCUUCAUGUUUGCGGGGGUGCUGGCGGGGACGACGAGGCCGAGUACUUCUCCACCGAGCAGAACAACAACAGUCGGGAGAUGCAUGUGGUACUCAAGGUGCUGGACCCCAGCCACAGGGACAUCGCCCUGGCGUUCUUCGAGACGGCCAGCCUCAUGAGCCAGGUCUCGCAUAUCCACCUGGCCUUCGUGCACGGCGUCUGCGUGCGGGGCUCCGAGAAUAUCAUGGUGGAGGAGUACGUCGAGCACGGUCCCCUGGAUGUCUUGCUGCGGAAGGAGAAAGGCCGGGUGACCGUCGGCUGGAAGAUCACGGUCGCGAAGCAGCUCGCCAGCGCCCUGAGCUACUUGGAGGACAAAAACCUGGUGCAUGGCAACGUGUGCGCCAAGAACAUCCUACUGGCCAGGAAGGGGUUGGAGGACGGGUUGCUGCCUUUCGUGAAGCUCAGCGACCCUGGGGUCAGCUUCACGGUGCUCUCCCGAGAAGAGCGAGUGGACCGGAUCCCCUGGAUCGCCCCUGAGUGCGUCCAGGAUGUCGGCAGCCUCAGCACCGCAGCUGACAAGUGGAGCUUCGGCACCACCCUGCUGGAGAUCUGCUUUGACGCGGACGUCCCGCUGAAGGAGCGCACCCCCUCUGAGAAAGAGCGCUUCUAUGAGAAGAAGCACCGCCUGCCCGAGCCGUCCUGCAAGGAGCUGGCUGCCCUGAUCAGCCAGUGCCUGACGUACGCCCCCAGCGAGCGGCCCUCUUUCCGGACCAUCCUGCGGGACCUCACCCAGCUGCAGCCGCACAACCUCGUCGAUGUCACCUCCGUGAGCCCCGACUUCCCUGUCUCGGACCCCACGGUCUUUCAGAAACGCUACCUGAAGAAGAUCCGAGAACUGGGGGAGGGUCACUUCGGCAAAGUGAGCCUGUACUGCUAUGACCCCACCAACGACGGCACCGGGGAGAUGGUGGCCGUGAAGUCGUUGAAGUCCGGCUGCAGCCAGCAGCUUCUCACCAGCUGGAAGAGGGAGAUUGAGAUCCUCAAGACGCUCUACCACGAGAACAUCGUCAAGUACAAGGGCUGCUGCAGCGAGCAAGGGGAGAAGAUCGUGCAGCUCAUCAUGGAGUACGUGCCCCUGGGCAGCCUGCGGGAUUACCUGCCCAAGCACAACGUCAGCCUGGCCCACAUCCUCCUCUUUGCCCAGCAAAUUUGCGAGGGCAUGGCUUACCUGCACUCCCUGCACUACAUCCACAGGGACCUGGCUGCUAGGAACGUGCUGCUGGAGAACGAGAACGUGGUGAAGAUCGGUGAUUUCGGACUGGCCAAAGCCAUCCCCGAAGGGCACGAAUAUUACCGCGUCUGCGAGGACGGAGACAGCCCUGUCUUCUGGUACGCCAUGGAAUGCCUGAAGGAGUGCAAGUUCUAUUACGCCUCCGACGUCUGGUCCUUCGGUGUCACUCUCUACGAGCUCCUGACACGCUGCGACUCCAGCCAGAGCCCCCCUGUGAAAUUCAUCGAGAUGAUCGGCGCGACUCAGGGUCAGAUGACCGUGCUGAGGCUGAUCGAGCUGCUGGACAGGGGGAAGAGGCUCCCGAGCCCGAAGGACUGUCCUUGUGAGAUCUACUGCUUAAUGAAAAACUGCUGGGAAUCCGAAGCUUCCUUCCGCCCAGCGUUCAAGAACCUCGUCCCCAUCCUGAAGAACUUCCACGAGAAAUACAAGGCUCAGGCCCCCUCGGUCUUCAGCGUGUGUUGAGUGGGAUGCUUGGGAACUUGCUCGGGGAAGGACCACAGCUGCCUUCAGCUGGAAACCCUCCGGCGGAGAGGCCACUUUGAAGUGCUGGGGAGGGUUGGGACUUCACUUGCUGCCUCGGUGCCUGCUGCUGCGCGGCACCCUCCUACUCGAUCCAGUUUUCCACCGUGUGCCGUGGAGUCCAGGGAACCCGCCGUGUAAGCAGAGAUGCUGGCGAAGCUUCUCUUGCCACUUCUGAAGUACGGACCUGCUGCUUUGGCCUGGAUUCCUAGGCUCUCCAGUCAGGUGGAUUUUAAUCCCGGAAAGUGGUUUCCUUCUAGGCUAUGCAGCUAGAGGAACCUGUGGGGCGUCUAGCAACCAGGCCCAACUGCCUUCCUGGCACAUCUCAUCGAACCUCCUGGCUUGUGUCAGCGCUAUGCAGCCAGAGCACUGUGCGUGUUGAAAGGGGCGGACGUGUGAAAAAGCCUCCUUGGAGCCUAACCCGCUGGAUCCCGGGCUGCUGUCAGGAACUCCUAACGCCUUUGCAGGGAGCUGUGGGGGCAGAGGCUGGCGCUUGAGGGGUGGGUACAGGCCUGAAUUUAGCCCUGUAACGCAGCAUCUGGGGCAAGGGGAGGGAGGGGGUGCACGGUUAAGGCCGCUGCCCAGUGAGGGCUCGAAGCAUCGUUAAAAAGGAUACAGUGGGCCGGCGUCUGCUCCCUCCUCCAGCCGGACAGGGGCUCCCAGCCUGCCCUGCUCGGUGGUGCUUUUGCAGCUCGGGAAUGGGCCUCUCUUGGGCCUGGCCCCCGCCUGUUCUUCACUGAUGCUUUGGUGUUUGAGCUUGGGAAAGCUCUGGCCCAUCCUCCAGCUGCUUGGGAUCUUGCCCAGUUUGUACCAUAAAGCACCACCGUGCCUGCUUCCGCUGGCAGCCACCGAGCACCAGCAGAGGUGCUCUACCCCGAGACAGCAGCCAGCUUCCUCUGUAACUCACCCCCCCCGCUCCCGUCUCUCCUUGAGCAGAGCCAC